UUUUUAUCGGAUCUAUGAUCUUUGCUUUUAUAAAUAAGUAGUAAGUAUGUUAGUUUGAUGCUGUUUCCCACUCAGUCCAUUUCUGAGAAAGGGUGAUACAAAGGUUUCCACUCAGUGCUAUUCUAAGAAAAGAAGAUGCACACGGUAGCGUUAUUGAGUCUGCUCUUAGGGUGCUGUUUAGCAUCACCAUGGAAGGAAGAGCCCGUGAAGAAGUUUCCCGAAGACUUCCUCUUCGGAGCUGGCUCAGCGGCUUACCAGGUCGAGGGAGCCUGGGAUGAAGACGGUAAAGGCGAGAGCAUCUGGGAUGACUUCAUGCACAACAAGCCGUGGCUGAUGAUAGCCCAGGACGGCAGCUCCGGCGACGUCGCCUCAGACUCGUACCACAAUCUGGAACGAGACAUCCAAAUCAUCCGGGAGCUUGGACUGGACAGCUAUAGAUUCUCGAUCUCCUGGCCUCGUCUGCUACCGUCCGGCUUCCCAGAUCAGGUCAAUGAAGCCGCCAUUCAAUACUACAAUAACCUGAUCAAUGAGCUGCUAAAGUACAAUAUAGAACCAAUCGUCACGAUAUACCACUGGGACCUGCCAAAAUCUCUUCAAGACCUCGGCGGCUGGACGAACCCUAACAUCGCGCAAUGGUACGAAGACUACGCACGGAUUGUGUUCGAUAACUUCAGCGAUCGUGUCAAACUAUGGCUGACGAUAAACGAACCGAAUGAAAUCUGUUACCUGGGAUAUGGUCAUGUGCUGGAAGCGCCGGCUUUGAACGCGUCUGGUAUCGCAGAUUACCUUUGCGCUAAGAAUCUGGUAAUAGCCCACGCUAGAGCGUACCGCCUCUACAAAAGCCAGUACAAGCCGCUGCACGGCGGCCGCGUCGGGAUCGUGUUCAGCGCCAACUGGCAUGUGCCCUUAAAUCCUGAGUCUGAGGCUGACAAGCUUGCUGAUACACUCCAUUUUCAGGCCAAGUUUGGCAUAUACGCGAACCCAAUCUUCGGGUACGGUGGUUUCCCAAAAGAGUACUCCGAACGUGUGGCUGAGAAGAGCGCUGCGCAGGGGUUCCCUCGGUCGCGCCUUCCAGAAUUUUCCGAAGAAGAGAAGCAGUUUGUCCUUGGCUCGUAUGACUUCAUGGGAGUCAACCACUACACGGGACAGCUGGUGACGGCGGAGAAUGUUCCAGAAUACGCGGUGCCCUCGCUGCUGGAUGAUACUGGAGCUGAUUUGAUUACGCUUGAGGAGUGGAAGCAGUCCACUUCACCUUGGAUUAAGUGGAUGCCAAACAGUUUGUACAACCAGCUGCUUGAGCUCGGCAGUCUCUACCCCGGCGUAGACUUCUACAUCACGGAGAACGGCUGGUCGGGGUCAACUGGGCUGGUCGAUGAUGACCGGGUGGACUACCUCAGGUCGUGUCUGCAGCAGUGUCUGGACGCCGUGGCCGAGGGGGUGCGGCUGAAGGGGUACUACACUUGGAGCCUCAUGGACAGUUUUGAAUGGGCUUUUGGUUACGACGCCCGCUUCGGUCUCUACGAAAUCGACUUUGAGGACCCGAAGAGACCUCACACACCGAGGAAAUCUGCGCUCAUCUACAAACACAUCAUCAAAACAAGAACCAUCGAUUAUGACUACGCACCAGACAGCCUGGUAAUGACUAUAGAUGAGGGUCAUUAAUAAUAAGUGAGCAUGACGUUGAAAAUGUCUAAUCAAGCUGAAAUUGUGUACAAAAAAUGCGCUUCGGAUUUUUAUUGAAUAAAUUAUUGACCCAUA